AUCCACUGUGAUCUUGACAUUGCAUGUUGUUCUCACCACAAGCUGCAUUUCUCUUUUGCUGGUGUUAAAAAAGAAAGUAAGUAUUCAAAAAAUAAGAUGAAGGUGGUGAUUCUGGUAACAUUGCUUCUUCUGCCUCUGGCCACAGCCACUGAACGUAAGGUGUUUUUGUUCCCUGAGGAGUCCGACACUGCCUAUGUGCAUGUCACACCGAAGAAACCUCUGAAUUUACAGGCCUUCACGCUCUGCAUGCACGUCGCCACUGAACUCAACAGCCAGCGAGAGACCAUCCUGUUUGCUUAUCGCACUCAACACUAUGAUGAGCUCAACGUGUGGCAAGAAAAAGGAAGACUCUCUCUUUACCUGAGAAGCAGCGGGGAUGCUGCUAUGUUUACUCUACCACCAUUGAGCGCGUUCCCCACUCACCUGUGUGUCACCUGGGACUCGAGCACUGGGGCCACUGCAUUUUGGGUGGAUGGACGCCGCAGCAUGCUGAAAAUCUACAGACGCGGCCAUCAGGUAGAUUCAGAUGGAGCUAUAGUUCUCGGACAGGAUCCUGACUCAUACGUGGGCGAGUUUGACAGUAAGCAGAGCUUCGUGGGUGAAAUUACGGACUUGGAGAUGUGGGAUAGUGUGCUGAGUGCACGUCAGAUUAAGCAGGUCUUUGAGAAACAAAACAUUGGUCUGAGUGGGAAUGUGCUCGACUGGAAUUCUCUUGAGUACAAAAUCCAUGGCAAUGUGCUUGAGGUGUCUGGGCCUAAGGCCUAGUUAAAAAGUCACUUUGUCUGACACCUGGUUCUGAAUUUCAUUUCUUUGAUUUCCAUGUCUAACUGAGUAUGUGAUUAUUAUUCCUGUCUGUGAUAAAAAUGGAUUUUUAGAGAAAUAGCAAUUUUUGUUCUAAAAGGAGAGCCCCUGUGUCUGAAAACACAUUAUAACAUGAUCUGAGUUGUUGUGUAGUUUCAUCACUGCAGAAAAACAGACGAGAAGUGUGUUAAGUUCAGUAAGUGUGUUAAGUAAUGGAUUUUGGACUGAUUUAUUUGUAAUUAUAUAAUGUAAUUAUAUUAAAUGUAUAUAUAAUUUUCUCAAAAGCAUCUUGACUCCUCUGAUACAAUAUUUUUGAAAAAUUUGUCACCUAACAGCUCUGUUCUUUUCUUAGUGUUAAUAACAAACAUGUGUUUUAGUCUGGAGGCAUUGUAGUACAGAAUCAGCGCUGGAUGAAGUGCUCAGUGGCCAACUGCUCACUUCAGAUUGUGGAGACGUUUCUGUUUUGGUUCAGUUGGACUUGAGCGGUGCAUUUGACGCUGUGAUAUUUUAAUGACAGAAUUGAAAACACAGUUGGCUGCACAUUUAUUGUUGUCCCUGCUAUAACAAACCCAAAUCAGGAAGGGCUGUUAAUUAACAUUAUAUAAUCAGGUGUGUUAGUGUAACUUUUGGCUCAGUACUCUGUGUUUUGUGAAAAUAUGUAAUGUAUAGUAAUUGUGUUAUUACUCCUUACCUGUUGAUGGCGCUCUCCAGCUAGAGAUGUGUUGUGUAUAUAACCUGUGGGACAGCAGAAUAAGAGUUGAGUAAAAACAGAUGGUCACGUUAA